AUGAAUUGCAUUUCUGACUUCUUCACCUACGAGACCACCAAGUCGGUGGUUGUGAAGAGCUGGACCAUUGGGAUCAUCAACCGGGCAGUUCAGCUCCUCAUCAUCUCCUACUUUGUGGGGUGGGUUUUCCUGCAUGAGAAGGCGUACCAGGUGCGGGACACGGCCAUUGAGUCCUCGGUGGUGACCAAGGUGAAGGGCUUUGGACGCUACGCCAACCAAGUCAUGGACGUGUCUGACUAUGUGACCCCACCCCAGGGCACCUCCGUUUUUGUCAUCAUCACCAAGAUGAUCGUUACUGAAAACCAGAUGCAAGGAUUCUGCCCUGAGAGCGAGGAGAAGUUCCGCUGUGUAUCAGACAGCCAGUGCGGGCCCGAACGCUUCCCGGCUGGGGGGAUCCUCACCGGCCGCUGUGUGAACUACAGCUCCGUGCUCCAGACCUGUGAGAUCCAGGGCUGGUGCCCCGCCGAGGUGGACACAGUGGAGAUGCCUGUCAUGAUGGAAGCCGAGAACUUCACCAUUUUCAUCAAGAAUAGCAUCCGUUUCCCCCUCUUCAACUUUGAGAAGGGAAACCUGCUCCCCAACCUGACCACCGCUGACAUCAAGACGUGCCGCUUCCACCCUGACAAGGCCCCCUUCUGCCCCAUCUUGAGGGUGGGGGAUGUGGUCAAGUUCGCGGGGCAGGAUUUUGCCAAACUGGCCAGCACGGGUGGAGUUCUGGGCAUUAAAAUCGGCUGGGUGUGCGACCUGGACAAGGCCUGGGACCAGUGCAUCCCUAAAUAUUCAUUCACCCGACUUGACAGCGUUUCUGAGAAGAGCAGCGUCUCCCCGGGCUACAACUUCAGGUUUGCCAAGUACUACAAGAUGGAGAACGGCAGCGAGUACCGCACGCUCCUGAAGGCUUUUGGCAUCCGAUUCGACGUGCUGGUGUACGGGAAUGCCGGCAAGUUCAACAUCAUCCCCACCAUCAUCAGCUCCGUAGCGGCCUUCACCUCCGUGGGAGUGGGGACCGUCCUCUGUGACAUCAUCCUGCUCAACUUCCUCAAGGGGGCCGACCAGUACAAAGCCAAGAAGUUUGAGGAGGUGAACGAGAUGACGCUGAAGAUCACAGCCUCGGCCAACCCCGUGUACCCCAGCGACCAGACCACGGAGGAGAAGCAGUCCACAGACUCGGGGGCCUAUUCCAUUGGCCACUAA